AUGAAGAAAAGCUUCGUAGCAAUAUUUACCUACCCUCUGAUCCUUAACGCUGCGUACUCAUUAAGUCUAAGUGCUGUGAAUGAUCAUUUUUCUGACCAUGUGACUAGGGAUAAUAGUGGAGAAAAUGGCAAUUUAAAUUUAAGGCCAAAUAGCCUUCCUCACAGAAAUAAACGGAAGUAUAAUAACAAUUUAAGCAAUGAAUCAUAUGCUGCAAUGCAACCCGGUGAAGUGCGCAGAGACAGUUCUGUAUAUUCAGAUUACAAUAAUUAUAAUGAACAUUUAGGAGGAGAUUCUUCACUCACUACUACUGCAGAGGCUAAAGACGGAAAUAAUGUCCAGCGCUCACAGAAAAGUAUAUCACCUAGCACUGAAAAAAAAAUUGUAGGUGAUAGUAAUCCUCAGAGGGCACAACUUCAGAGUAACUACAGCACUGAGACUACAGAAAGUGGAGAACAACAAAAUUCGCUUUUUGUUGAAAGUAAAAAUGAUGUUAAAGGGAGCGGUAUUGAGGGGGAAUUACCGGGAGAAAAGGCCACAUACAACAAGGUUCAACAGACCAAUUUUGAAGAGGGCAUGGAUAAAAGCUAUGGUUUCCCAAACACGGGUGUUGACUUAGAUCAUGACUCCAUCGACAAUUUGUUUGGCGAUGAUGAUUUAGAUAGUGAUUCCGCCGAUGAUUUGUUCGGCGAUGAGGAGGAUGACUUGGUGGACGAUUUUACCGACGAUCUCCUUAGCGAAGACAGUACCGAACGCUUGAUGAAUGUCGUCCUAGGUGACGUUGGUCGUGGUUCAGUCAAUAAUUUAUUCAACAAUGAGGGGGGCAAUUUGAUGGAUUCUACCCAGGCCGAUCAACCUCCUAGUUCCAUUGAUUAUUUGUUUACGGAUAACAUCGAUAACGAUGACGUAAGUGAUUUAUUUAUCGGUGAUCAUAACCAGUCAGAUGAUAGAAGAGAUGAUUCAUUUGGCAAGGCUGCGGUAGAUUCUUUAAAUGAUGGGGAAAACGUGUUAGGAAGUAUUCAGGAUGACCUACCUCUUGAUAACUCAUUGGAUAAUGUGCGUUCUACAUACAACAGCAGUAGCAGCAGCUUGGAUGCAUCUGGCAAAGAUAAUUCCAUAAGCAACGACUUAUUGAAUACAGCGGCGAAUGUCCCCUCGUAUAAGGGGUUAGACGGAAGUAGCCAGGUUAACGUAGAUAAGGCGAUUAAUUAUAGUAACAAGGAAGGAGACAAUUCUGUAAACAACAAAAGGGAUGCUUCCAUUGAUAAUUCGGAUUCAUCUAACAAAACAGGGGAAAAUGGCAAACCUGAUAAUAAGGGGGAUGUCCAAGUUAAGAGCAAAAGCGAUGUAGUCAUGACAAAGCCACCAAUAUCUAGUAGCAAGAAGGAAGAUCAAGAAAAAACUAACAUGGAUAAUAUGCUGAACUCCAACCAGAGAAGCGGUACUACCGCCACAGUGGAUUCAAAGGUGAAGAAUAAUUCUCUAGGCGAUUCAGGGGAUGUCAAUGAAGGGAAUGCCCUAAGAAAACCCGCUGAUAAGAAAUCGGCAAAUAGUGGAGAAACCGAUUCUAGUGGUGCGAUAGACAUGGGGAAUAGGACGAAUCCAGCACAGAGUAGCGGACAGAAACCACCAAAGGACAGCAAAAAGGUCGCCGUCCAAGAGGGGAGUAUCAAAGGUGCACUAGGUAACAGCGAUGAGGAAAAGCUAAAGGGCAUCAGGAAGGAAAUAAAGAAGGAUGAAAAGAAGGAUGAAAAGAAGGAUGAAAAGAAGGAAGAAAAGAAGGAUGAAAAGAAGGAAGUAAAGAAGGAUGAAAAGAAGGAAGUAAAGAAGGAUGAAAAGAAGGAAAUAAAGAAUGAUGAAAAGAAGGAAGUAAAGAAGGAUGAAAAGAAGGAAAUAAAGAAGGAUGAAAAGAAGGAAAUAAAGAAUGAUGAAAAGAAGGAAGUAAAGAAGGAUGAAAAGAAGGAAGUAAAGAAGGAUGAAAAGAAGGAAAUAAAGAAUGAUGAAAAGAAGGAAGUAAAGAAGGAUGAAAAGAAGGAAGUAAAGAAGGAAGUAAAGAAGGAUGAAAAGAAGGAAAUAAAGAAUGAUGAAAAGAAGGAAGUAAAGAAUGAUGAAAAGAAGGAAAUAAAGAAGGAUGAAAAGAAGGAAAUAAAGAAUGAUGAAAAGAAGGAAGUAAAGAAGGAUGAAAAGAAGGAAGUAAAGAAGGAUGAAAAGAAGGAAAUAAAGAAUGAUGAAAAGAAGGAAGUAAAGAAGGAUGAAAAGAAGGAAGUAAAGAAGGAUGAAAAGAAGGAAAUAAAGAAUGAUGAAAAGAAGGAAGUAAAGAAGGAUGAAAAGAAGGAAAUAAAGAAGGAUGAAAAGAAGGAAAUAAAGAAUGAUGAAAAGAAGGAAGUAAAGAAGGAUGAAAAGAAGGAAAUAAAGAAGGAUGAAAAGAAGGAAAUAAAGAAUGAUGAAAAGAAGGAAAUAAAGAAUGAUGAAAAGAAGGAAGUAAAGAAUGAUGAAAAGAAGGAAGUAAAGAAGGAUGAAAAGAAGGAAGUAAAGAAGGAUGAAAAGAAGGAAAUAAAGAAUGAUGAAAAGAAGGAAGUAAAGAAGGAAGAGAAAAAAGAAGGGCAGAAUGAAGAGAAAAAGAAAGGGAAGAAGGAAGAGAAAAAGAAAGGGCAGAAGGAAGAGAAAAAGAAAGGGAAGAAGGUUCAAGAGAAGAAGGACCAUAAAAAGGAACAGAAUAAGGACGAGAAGAAGGCAGCUAAUAAGAACGAUAGGAAAUAUGACAAAAAGGACACCGUUAAAAAAGACACUGCGAAAGAGGAGAGGGUCAAGGGCACAUUAGACAAACAUGACAGAAGCCACCGCCAGGAAAAAUCCACUACAAAGAAGCAUCCAAAUAAUAGCCCCAGUGGCAUCGAUGGUACACUGAAUAGUAAUCCAGCAAAUGAUGCAAAGGAAAGGUCUGGAGUUGAAAAGAAUUGGACCCCCCAGGAAAAGGUAACUGCUAAGAGUGAGGAUAGCAAACAGGGCACUUCCAAGAGCACCGAGAGAAAGCAUUCGGAGGAGAAGGUUCACACUAAGGGUACACCAACCAGCGCUGAUAGCAGUAGUGGUAGCAUCAGUAGCAAUAACACUAGCAGAAGCAACAGCGACAUAAGUACAACGCCAACAAAAGGAACGGCAGCGGGAGCAACAACAGCGGGAGCAACAACAGCGGGAGCAACAACAGCGGGAGCAACAACAGCGGGAGCAACAACAGCGGGAGCAACAACAGCGGAAAUAACAGCAGAACAGGCAGUAGCAGAGGAGGGAGAAGUAAAAUCAGCAUCAACAUCAGCAGCCAGCAGGAAUGGCAGCAACAGCAACAGUAGCAAUAGCAGUGGUGUUCAAAUGGAUAAGGGGAAGGAAACUGACGCAGGGGAGGAGGCCAUCAUUCCCAGCAAGGCGAAUGACUCCAAGGGCACGGAAAAAAAUACAGUGAAAAGUAAGGACGAGCCUAAAGGAGAAGGGAACUCAGUACCCCUCGUGCAGAAAAGUGAUACCAGUAGGGGCGUCACUACUAUGGAGGGAUCCCCCAUUGAGGAAAGAUCCCGAUUAGACAGUGCUAAUAAAAGGGGUAACAAUGAAGAGGAAAGGUCGAAUGGAAGAAACAAUUCUGAAGGUGCAUCAAGCGUUGUAUCCAAUAGUGGUAGUACACUUAGCAGCGACUCUGGAGACAAUUCCUCAAACGAAACUCCAAAGGAGAACAGGCCCUUGCCGUACCCUAUUCGUGAAACCAUAAACAUAAAAAUAAUAUCUAACCCUACCUAUGAAGUACAUCAAACGGAGGGAAAUGAAAAGGAGAGCAGUUAUACUCAUCCCAAAGGUAAGAGGGAAUAUGAAAGAUCUUCAUCCAAAAGUAUGAGUGAUAGCAGUUACGAAGAGGAAAACGCGGAAACUUUGUGGGAUGACUUGAUCAGCAGUGUAAAUUUAGAAAAUUCGGAAUGGAGUAAAAAUUUUAUAGAGGGACUAAGUAAUGAGGAUCCUAGUAUGAAUAUUCAUAUGCGGAGCAGUGAGGAUCAGGGUGAUAAAUCCACUUCAUAUAAAGGGAGUAUACACAGUCAAAGGGAGAGCCCAUCGGAUUUGUCUGUCUCAAUAGAAUUGCCGGGCGAAUCGAGUGAAGUGAAAAAGGCAGCAGCUGUUAUAAUUCCAGAGAGGGGAAGUACGCAGGAGGAAACAGAUCUAAGCCUUCUCCAGAUGAACAGUGAAGAGGAUGACCGUGAGGACGAAGGGAAUGAUGAUCUCCAGGAUGAACUCAUGUUAGAAAAAGUAAGAGAAGAUAAAAACUUAGAACGUUUCGGAGACGAAGAAACUGUGGAAAAUAUAGCAUCAAUAGAGCACCCCCUAAUUAGGAAGAAAAAAAAUAUAGUAAAAAAUUCACGUAAGGUGUAUAAUUUAAAUCUGUAUAAUUGCACCUUUAUAGACGAUUGGGACUUAAAUCAUGAGUACAUGGAUGAAGGAGGUUCGUUAGUGAAAUUAAGUGGAUAUGUCUUUCAAAACAUGUUGAAUUCGGAUUUAAUGCCCACGGCAAAUAUAACUGACUGGAAGUUAAAAGGAUCGUGUGAUUACGAUAAGUAUGUGUGUGGUGCUCUGGGCUACAUGAAUAAUGUCUACAGCAAGGGUGAACGGGUUAUAUUUGAAGGUCGAGUGUAUGAGGCCACCAGCGAUACGUAUGGUACUCCGAGGGAGAUGGAGAAUGUAUGGAUGGAGAAGACAGAUGACUGUUACGACUUUUAG